AUGGGAGGGAGCGCUGCUGCUGCCCCUAGCCCCGUGAUCGGCAAUCUGCCACCCGGAGAGGGGAUGCCCGUGGGGCCUGUGCCUCCAGGAUUUUUCCAGCCCUUCAUGUCUCCACGUUACUCUGGAGGACCCAGACAACCACUCAGACUUCCAAGUCAGGCACUAGGGGGCGUCCCCGGGACCCAGCCAAUGUUACCAAGUGGAAUGGACCCAAUCAGACAACCAGGACAUCCGAGUUUGGGCGGCCCCAUACAGAGGAUGACGACCCCCAGAGGAAUGGUCCCCCUGGGGCCGCAGGUAAAAGACCUCAUGCUGGAUAACUAUGGCAGUGGGAUGAGGCCACCACUCAGUGCACUGAUCGGGGCUGGGAUGCCUGGUAUGAACAUGGGUCCUGGCGUGGGGAGACCAUGGCCAAAUCCUCCAAACACAAAUUCUACACCUUACUCGUCAGCGUCUCCAGGAAGUUAUGUGGGACCACCAGGAGGGGGCGGCCCGCCUGGAACACCCAUUAUGCCCAGUCCAGCAGACUCAACAAACUCCGGGGACAACAUGUACACAUUGAUAAACACAGCUCCGUCUACUGGAAGCCGAACAAAUUGA